AGGCGGGCCGUGGAGAGCGUCCAGCUGUCUGUUUGCCUCCCUGGAUUCCGUGUAUUCCCAUCGCUGGCUUGACGCCCAGCCAUGCAGCGGAGGUCAAGAGGACUCAAUGCUGGGCUCAUUCUGCUCCUUUCUCAAAUCUUCCAAGUCGGGGUCAACAAUAUUCCACCUGUCACGCUAGCAACCUUGGCCAUCAACAUCUGGUUCUUCCUGAGUCCUCUGAAGCCACUGCUUAGCUCCUGCCUCAGCGUGGAGACGUGUUACCAGGGGAAAGACUGGCAGCGCUUACUGCUGUCCCCGCUUCACCAUGCAGACGACUGGCACCUGUACUUCAAUAUGGUGUCCAUGCUGUGGAAAGGAAUUCAGCUGGAAAGAAGAGUAGGAAGCAGAUGGUUCGCCUACAUUAUCACCGCCUUCUCCCUGCUCACUGGGGUGGUAUACCUGCUCUUGGAAUCUGCUCUUGCGGAGUUUCUGGAUGAACCUGUCUUCAAAACGAAUUGUGCUGUAGGUUUCUCAGGAGUUUUGUUUGCUCUAAAAGUCCUGAGCAACCACUACUACCCAGGAGGCUUCGCCAACGUUUUGGGCUUUCCUGUUCCCCUCAGAUUCGCUUGUUGGGCAGAACUGGUGGCGAUUCAUUUCGUCUCUCCGGGGACUUCCUUCGCCGGGCAUCUGGCCGGGAUUGUCGUUGGACUCCUGUACAUUCACGGGCCGCUGAAGAAACUCAUGGAAAUGUGCGCAGGCAUUUUUUCUUCCAAUACUGGUUACCCAAGACAGCAACGCCACUUUAAUAAUUCAGGCUACUCUGGGUACCAGCAUUAUUACCCUCAUGGCAGGGAGGGCCCCCGGGAAGAGGUGCCCCGGAGCUACGACGCGUACACAGCAGGCCUGAGCGAGGAGGAGCAGCUGGAGAGGGCGCUGCGGGCCAGCCUCUGGGACCAAGGAAACAGCAGGAGCGCCCCGAGACCCUACGGGUUCCGCCUGUCACCCGAAGAAGAAACGCGGAGACGACGGCUCCAGAGAUUCGACCACCAGUGAGGACGCCCGGCAUCUUGGGCCGCCACACUCCAGGGAUGUGGUUAUUGCCCAUUUGGUGCGCCCCCAAACCCUGACCCACGUCUAACGGAGGCAGAGGACGCAGUGUUCGCCCCGGACUGCCCAGGUCUGCGGCGGCCGGGGUCCCGGGCCGCCUGGGGCCAGAGCCGCAGAUGCAGACGGGCUGCCCGUCCUGAAACCACCGAGCUGGCUGCUGCUCCCGCCCUCGGGCAGCGGCCUCUGCUCCGGCCUGGUUUCCUCUCACCAGCCGGGUCUGUGCCUCCGCGCAGGGACCCGUGGGCACACUCCUUCCCCUCCCUGCCGACCCAGCGGUGCCUCCGCCUUGUUUUGUUCUGAACACGGUGACCUUCACCUCCGGUGACCUUCACCCAGAGGCUUGCCUUGACCAGCCCUGGAGAUCAAGCUCCAAGCUGCCUGGUGAGCCCCCUGCUCGGCCCCGUGGGGAGCUGGGAGCAGGCCUGGUCCUGCUGGCACACUGCCAGGUGACUUUCCAGGGACAGGAUGUGGCCACCACAGCACUGUGUGUUCUAGUCAGUCUCCCUUGCACAGGAGCCCUGGCUCCUUGGGCCCCCACAUCCUGGUGGCAGUGGCCCUGCACUGGGUUCGGCCUUACGUGGCCCUGCCUUGCAGAAGACCUGACCAACCUGGAAAGCUUCGGGGGACCUCGGGGCGGGGACCACACUCCCCUGGGUGUCCGGUGGCUCCAGCAUCCCGGGCAGCCUCUCCAGCGGCCGUCUGUGCUCCCAGGAGGGGACGUACGUGUCCCCCGGCAGCAAAGGGGCCACAAGCAGAACACGGCCAAGGUGCUCAGUGGGUGUGUUCGCUGAGAAACCGCUCUUGAGGACACUCUUGCCUCACAAAAGUGCCUUUCCCCCCCCCCCAGUCACGCUGUGUGAGCCACUCGUGGACCCAGGCGCCCCAGGGCCUCCCUGGCGCUGGCAGCACUGUCCGUCCAGGUCUCCAGGUGUUUCCUGGUGCUCACGUUUCUAGGGCAAAAGCACACGCACCUGCCACUGCUGUCUUAGUCACUGAGAUAUUUAUUUUUAAAGAGUUAGAAACAGAAAAGGAUCCUCCUAUUUCAACUCAUCUAGCAUCUAUGCAGAGUUUUCUGAUUGUGAAAGUGUUAUAAUACACAGGGCCCUGGUACAGGCAUAAAGCAAACAUAUGAUGGAAGAAAAUAAGCCAGAUGUCAGGCGAGGUUAUUUUGGGGAGUGGAGUACGUAGGGUUUUGCUUUGUGUUUUUUACAAUUUUUUAUUGCACUCCUUCAAAAAGGUACGUACGUGUAUAUGUAUUACUUUUGCAACAGGAUAGCUGGUUUAUAUGAUAAUAAAUCAAGAAACAUAUAAUCAGGAAAAUGGACUAAAUAGUAAGUACUCCCUGUUGAGAAAAUUCACUGUAUAAAUGGACAAAUA